GUCCUUGGUAUUUUCCUCGUCCUUCUUCCUGUGAUAGCAUAGCAGCACAGCACUAUAUAUAUGUAUAUAUAUCAUUACCACUCACAAGAACAAGGACGAUAAAUCCCGAAACAACUUCACUGUGUAAUUCCAAUACCUUGUCAAAAUCCCUUUGAUUUUCAUUGUGCUUGUUCUAUUUCUAGCUGAAAAUCACUCAGUACUUAGCAGAACUCUAUGGAAGGCGAGACUCUGACCUUGGACCUCUCUACUGCUUCUAGAAGCUACCAAUCGAGGCUUAUGUCCCACUUCGAGCUCUUAAUCGAUUUUGAGGAGUUCAAUGAGGAUGAAGAGUUAGGGACGGUUUAUCCAUGCCCGUUUUGUGCAGAGGAUUUUGAUCUUCUCGAGUUAUGUUGUCAUAUUGACGUGGACCAUCCAAUAGAAGCAAAGUCUGGGAUUUGUCCUGUUUGUGCCAUGUGGGUGGGGACGAAUAUGGUUGAGCACAUAGCAGCGCAGCAUGAAAACAUAUUUAAGAGUCAGCUCAAAUCAAAACGCUGCAAACAUGAAUCCUACCCAGCUCUUUCCCUUUCAAGAAAGGGAUUACAGGAUGGACACUGGCAAUCUUUCUCUGCUGGGUUAUCUCCUGCGAUGUUUACCUCUAAGACAGCAUGUGAUCCAUUGGUUUCAUUUCUAUAUGGUACAGCUGCUGCUGAUGAACGUGAAAAUGUGCAGCCUGAUUUUUCAAGUGAAUUAUGCAUUGAAGAAAUAUCCUCAGAUGAUACAGUGUUAGAAAGAGAUGUUCAGUCAUCUUUAUAUGACAAAGAUGAGAAAGCACGGCAGAGUGAAUUUGUACUGGGACUUUUGGCGUCUGCUAUCAUUGAUCCUGACUUCUGAUUGAGGCAAUCAAGAACAUUAGCUGUUAGUUUCAAUACGAUGGGGGGAAAAGGAGAGAAAAAGAAGUCAGUUUCAAUCUUCAAAAUUAUUCAUAUUAAUAGUAUCAAUAUUUCUGUUGUACGUUUUGUGAAAUAUCUAGUAUAGACUAUAGGGAGCUAAGCUAUGUGUAGGAAUUAAAUGUAAUGAAUUUCAAGGCAAUGCAGAUACUAAUUCAGAACAAUUG